GUUUUAGCUGUUGGCCAUUUCAGGUUUCUUUUAUGCACUGGGUGAGAUGGAUCCAUUGUAAUCUUUUUAUUGGUGCAUUAGAUGUGCCGAAGGGAGAUCAGUACCUAUGAGUCCUUUCUGUGCCAUACUGACUGAACAAUCUUCACAAUGGCAGUUUAAAUACAUACUAAACUGCUGACUGGUUUUAGACUUCCCUUAAUUUUUCUGAUGACAUGGAGUUUUUGAUGAGCAUUUCUGAUGAGGUGGUCUGUAUUGAUUUGCCCUUUUUAAUGCAGCAAAUAGGUACCUAUGCAUUUAUUUGAAGUCUGUAAUGGUAAUCUGUUUUCUGUUGAUGCAUUGGGAGUUUGGUCUGCAGGAAAACCACUUGAAAUCACUUACGCAUAUGUACUUCAGUAGCCUAAAUGUGACAGAUUGUAGGAGUGGUGGUUAUUUCAUCGUCAUCAAUUUAAGCACCUCCCCCAGUCACAUAUAGACAGAAAGCACUUACAAGCUGAAAUCAGAUCUGCUUCUAAAUGAUUAAUGCUAUGCGUACUGUUCAGUACAUUAUUUGCAGUCAUAGGCCUAUUGCUUAUUAGUGUUGCCAGAUAAAUUGUUGUAAUUUAUACAGCAUAAUCUAGUAAUCUGUAGGGAAACAGACAUCUUGAGCUCAUAUUAAUGUUAAUUUAGGCCUACAGUAAAUGCAAAGUACUUUAGUCAAUUGACUACAAGACACAGAACAGAAGGCAUUCAUUUAAAGAACUGCUGCGUCACACCAACCACAUUUUCCACAUUGACACUUGUUUUCAUAGCCAAGACAAUUUGUGCAUUUUACAUACUCGCUCUACAUAAAAAGAAGAAUUACAACAAUUUUGCUGAUAUGACAGUGAACUUAUUUCAGUUAAUAGUAAAGAGGAAAACAGAAAGGUCUGAUAAAACAACAUAAUGAGCAUAUAUGUAAAAGCAUCUUAAGGCAAGUACAAAAACAAACAAAAAGUGGUAUGAUCUGUCAGUUACAUGGCUACUUUGAGAUUUUUUUUUUUGACUCGUGGUGCCUCCUCUAAUGGGACAGUAUAAAGCAGUGACUGCAUCAGAGCUGCUGAUUCUGAAGUCCUUCAUGCUGCAUUUCACUGUGCUGCUGCUGCUCGGGACAGGGGAGCGUUUGCUUUCGACUCCGCUUCAAAGCCAUGGAUCUUUCAAACGAUAAACUAUAUUCCAUCCGAAAGUGUCUUUUGGUAACUUUACUCCUCGUUUGUUCAUUUCAACUGUCCCGAUCAAAGCGAGUAUUCAAAUGUCCUUCAGGAUGCACUUGUACGACGGAUUCAAUCAUUUGCGUCGGUUCGUCUCUCAUACCGCGGACCAUACCCAGUGACAUCAACUCUCUGAGUAUUGUCAAUUGCAGUUUCACAGAAAUCAAGGAGUCUAUGUUCUCGCUCAUGCCUUCACUGCAGUUACUGCUCCUUAGUUCUAAUUCAUUUUCUGAAAUCAAGGAGGACGCAUUCUCAGGGCUUCCUCAUAUUGAGUAUUUAUUUAUUGAAGGUAACAAGAUUGAAGAGAUAAACAAAUAUGCCUUUAGAGGACUUCGGGGUGUUACACAUCUAUCAUUAGCGAACAACAAUUUAAAAACACUGCCCAGGGGUCUUUUUUCUGAUCUACGCUCUUUGAUUGAACUUGAUCUGCGUGGGAACAUGUUCCAUUGUGACUGUGAGUCCAUGUGGCUGAUGCUGUGGUUGAAACGAUCCAAUGCCACUAUUUCUGAUGUUUAUUGUGCCAGUCCAUCUGGCAUGAAGGGCGUCUUGUUAAAGGAUGUCCCAGAAAAACACAGCAAGUGUGUCUCCACAGAUUUUGUUGAACACCAAAUAGUGAAUACUCAAUCAAUAUCAGCAGAUAUCUUCUUUCACAAAGAUGAUAUAUAUGUCGCUAUGGCAGUUCCAAAUUCAGACAGCUGCAUAAUCAUGGAAUGGGAUCACAUUGAGACUAAAUUCAGGCCUUUUGAUAACAUCACAGGUCGGUCUGUUGUUGGAUGCCGUUCUGUUCUUAUCAACGAGCAGGCAUUUGUCAUUGUUUCCCAACUCUUCGAUGGCUCCCUGGUCUACAAAUAUGACCAAGCACAGAAUAAGUUCACCAAAUUUCAGGCAGUUGAAAUGCUUAACGUGUCCAAGCCGAAUGACAUUGAAGUCUUCCAGAUUGGAGAUGACUGGUUCUUCCUAAUUGUGGACAGUUCCAAAGCUGGAAUGACUACUCUGUUUAAGUGGAAUGAAACUGGUUUCUACCCGUACCAGUUCCUUCAUGAAUGGUUUCGUGAUACCGAUGCAGAGUUUUUUGAUUUACAUGGCAAAUCUGUCCUCAUACUCGUGAGCCGUUCCCAGGUUCCUGUUAUCUACCAAUGGAACAAGAGCACCCAGAAGUUUGUUCUCCAUGAUGAGAUAGCAAAUAUGGACGAAAUUGUCACCGUGAAGGCCUUUAGGAUUAAUGAUGUUCCCUACCUUGCGCUCGCCUGCUACAUCGGUGACUCAAAAGUCAUGAAGUGGACGGGCAAACACUUUGAAGAAGUACAGGGCUUGCCUUCACGUGGCGCCACAGUAUUACAGCCCAUCAAGUUCAAAGAGCAGGACUAUUUGAUUCUGAGCAGUGAUUAUUCUUUCUCCCAGAUCUUCAAGUGGGAUGAGGAAAACCAGAAAUUUAUCAAGUUCAGGGAUGUGUAUGUUCAGUGGCCACGCUCAUUCACAGCACUGUCCACAGACCAGCGUGAUUUUGUGCUGGCCACCAGCUUCAAAGGCAAAACCAAGGUGUUUGAACAUAUUUCGGUGGAUUAUAGCAAAUGAGGCAUAUGGCAUAUUGCUUAGAUAAAACUCUUUUCUUCAAUAUAUGUAUGCAAGUAACUAUAAUAUUUAUGAAUGUACGUAAUGAUUCUUCAACAAAUGCCUACCUUCUGUCUUGCAAAAGCUAUUUAUGCAACAUUUUCUAUAAAGGUUUAAAUAAAUAAUGCUCUGUUGCUUCAUUUAUUCAGACCUUAAAAAUAACUGACUGUUUGAUUAUAUCAGGGCCCUUUGAAAUCAUUUCUUUGUGAUAUAUGAGGUUCACCAAAGGUGCUCCGGCUUCAAUCCAAAAGAGCGUGCACUUGUCAGCUUCAAGCUUAUUCAUCCUAAUGAGCUGAUUUGACUAUAUGCAAGCAUGUUUGUUGGUGCUGAGUAGUGAUAUUAUUCAGUAGAGACCCUCAGUGUUAUUGCCUUUGAUGAAUGAAAGCCUUAGAAAUGUAAUUAUUAAAUUAUUUUUAUUUAUUUUUUUUUAACAGAGGAUGAUCCUUUUAUUACUGUAGCUGGCUGAGGAUAGUACUGGAUGUACAUUUGAAAAUAUAUUAUUGAUAAUAAA